CUCAAGGCAGUGAACUAUUCAAGUUGACAGCACGUAGUCGUUUUAGAAGUAAGACCGCUUAUGCUUUAAGACAUUUUACUGACGGAUCGAAGCUCUGUAAAAGUGCCUCAGAGUCCACUGGUCGUUGUUUAAAUCCAAACGAAUCGACGCACCAUCGUUAACAUGGGCGACGUCGGCAUCAAGAAGGCGCCAGCGCCUUGGAAGUGUACCGCCGAGGUCUACGCUGCAUACUUCUUCUCGAGCCCGAAGAGCAAGGCAGCUUCUGAGAUAGACACCAUCGCGUUUUCACCGCUAGAGAAGAAUUCAACCCCAUUCUCCUCUCCCGAGGGAAGCCGUUUCGCCGGAGGAGUCGGCAGCUUCAUGCUUGUCCGCUACACAGACAGCCCAGUGGGGACAUAUGACGAGCUAGUCAUCAUACCUGGCGCCUAUACGUACCCUGUCCAGGAUAAGAAGGGGAACUGGGUUGAGAAGAAAAGCCCGCGGGUGACAAGGAUAUAUGUCUCACAGAAAGACACGCUGUACAACGGAAGACUAAAUUGGAACAUCCCGAAGCAUCUCGCAAGAUUCGAAUGGAAAGACCUCCCAGACGGUUCAAAGCAGUGCAAGGUGUUCCCGUAUGACACAACCGGCGACGCAACCGAGGCAUCACCCAGCACCACACCGCUGUUCCAAGCCUCCUUCAAGACACUUCCGCUCGUACCCGCCUUCCCGCUAUCGACAGGUUGGUUCGAAUACCUCGGCGUGACGACAGCCCUCGUGCAGCCCCCGGUGCCGCAGGGCACGACGCCAGAGGUUGUCGGCACGGAGGAGUGGUGUCGGUGCGUGUCCACACAGUCCACCUCCCGGGCCCACGUCGGGUGGAUGGACCUCAACCAGCGGGACGAGAAUGGGAAGCUGACGGGGCUUUUUGAGAAUUUUUGGCCUGGGUUGGGGAGGUGGCACCUUGCUGUGAGGAUGGACAAUGCUAUCCUGGAUAUGAGGGAGGGAGAACAUUGGCGUGCCCCGAGAGCCAAUCUGUAA